AUUGAGUUUUUUUUUGUGGUUUUGUUUUUUGUGCAUGCGAACGAAGUCGUUAAUGACCGUUUAGGGAAGGCCUAGGCUAGUACUACUUUAGCAAUUGUUCCCGUUUCAAGCACGCUUUCACAGUUUUAUUGAAGCUUGUAUGCUAGGGUGUUAAAGUGGUCCAUUCUCUCCAGAACCCUCCCUACAGUACACUAAUAAUAAGAAAAGUCAAUUCAUUAUUGAGUGAAUACAAAAAUAAGUUUAGAUGGCAAUUAGGCUCUCUGCUUCUCUACGUAAAAACAUUCUCCUUACUCAUUAUCGAAAAUCAGGGACCAAUGCUUCAGUUGUCAGAGGGCGCUCUUCAACACUAGCAAGAUUCGAUCAACGUAUUCAGGAUGCACUACCUGAAAAGUUGAGGGGAUUAUGGAAUCAUCCAGCAGGAUUGAAGACUAUACACUUUUGGGCACCUUCAUGGAAAUGGGCACUUGUAAUUGCUGGUUUAGCUGACUUGGCCCGACCCCCAGAGGCUCUCAGUGUUAGACAGUCCGGUGCUUUGGCUGCUACAGGUAUGAUUUGGUGCCGUUACUCUCUUGUAAUUAUUCCAAAAAACUACAACCUCUUCAGUGUAAAUUUCUUCCUGUGUCUAACUGGUGGAAUUCAACUUAUACGAAUCUAUCUAUAUGAGCAGCGUUUGAAAAAGGAAGCUGUUAGCAGUUAGGGUUUAGUUGAUUUCCAUGGCAACUGACCAAGUUAGGGUUUAGUUGAUUUCCAUGGCAACUGACCAGGUGUCGCUAUAUCAUGACAGUUGAUUACUGGAGAGUUCUUGUCUUGUAUGCAUUGGAAUGACUGCUAUUCAGAAUAUUUUAUCUGGUGUGCAUGUAGAUACAGUCAAUUUUAUGGAUUUUGUGCAUGAAGAGUUGCAAGUUGUUUUUUUAAACACAAUCGCGAUUACAAAUUGAUAUGUAUUUGUAAAGAGGUGGUGGUUUUAAUCAAUUAAUUAAAUCAUGUUAAUGAAAUUGAAUACUGAAAUAAUGGUAAAUGCAUAUUUAUAUAUUUGCUUGCAGUGGUGAGUUGUGCUUAUGGAGGGAAAUUUAUUUUUUCUAGACCUUUUACUGACUGUAUUGUAUUUUAAUUUACAUGAAGACUGGUUUACUACAAGAUAGAGAAUCUUGUACUUUUUGCCAGACUGCAAACAUGUUUAUUUAUUUAUUUAUUUAUUUCGGUAUAAAAUACAUUUUGUUCUCAAAAUCAUGCAGACUUCUCAAGUUAGUAAAAUGCAUUUCCAUAACUAUGUCUUCAGUUGUCCGUAGUAAAAUGAAAAACACCUCAUAAUUUGCCUUGAGUUCAGAGUAUGGGUUGCUCAAAAUUGCAGGUAGGCCUACAGUAUAACAAUGGCUGUUGGCUGUAGAAUUUCAAACUGGACGGGGUUUUGAUUUAUGGGUCACUUUUUUGGGGAGUUUUACACAAGUCUGGGUGGUCUAGGGUCCUGAUGGAAAAAUCAUUGUCCUGGACAUUAGACAAUGUGUAGAACUAUAUAUUUCUGGGUCUAGGACUAAUGACAAAUUUCUGUAUUGUCUGUUUACUGUACCGUAAAUCCUUGAAUAGAAGCCCAAUGGGCUUAAUCUUGAGAAGAAGCUCAUCUGGAAUUGAAUCCCCCUCUUUACUUUGCAAAAGUAGCCUUGAAAAGAGCCCAAUUGAAAAGAAGCACAUUUUGAAAAGAAGCCCAUCCUAAGUACACAAAAAAAAAGAAGCACAUGUUGAAAAGAAGCCCAUCUUAAGUACACAAAAAAAAAGAAGCAGCCCAGGCCGUCUGUUCUAGGUUUUACGGUAUUUCCGUAAUACGUCCAUAAUUGUGCAAAAUUUCCGUAGCAACUAAUGACGUUCCAUAGAACUUGAGAAUUCUGAAUCAUGAUAAUUUAUCUUGUGGUUUUGACAACACUCAUUAGCAACACCUAUUGUAUAGCUUUUGAAUAUUGGCAACAAUAAUGUACCUUUCUGGUAAACCCAGAUCCUCAGAUAUUGGGCAUUAUAGUACUGACAUUAGCAUUAAAGUUGGCAGAGUUUUGUGAUAUGAGCCAGUGAUAUUGUAGAAUAUUGAUGUCUUGUUAAAUAGUACAUACAAAGGUUUGAGAAGUGCAAUGUAUAAACAAAAAUCAUAUGUCCCAGGCUGUUACAUCAUGUAUAAUAAUAUCCUAUUUGUAUUGAGAAUAUUUUGGAAAUUACAUUUGAGAUGGAAAUCUUGUAAAAUAUUAUUAUUAACAAUCCAAUUGGUUGGUGAUCAUUGAGGGAAUGAUUGCAACUGUCUGCCACCAACCUCUGUGUCUUUUUGAUCAGACAUAGAACAACAAUCAUUUAUUUUAACAAUAUUAACAAUAAUAUAUUUAUGACCAGCAGCUUUCGAUCCACUUACUUGGACCAUCUUCAGCUGAAUGAUAUUAGCAUAGCUAAUGAAUACAUAACUUAUAUUAUUAAUAUUUUUUCACAAUUAUUAUUUAUUUUUUUUAGUAUAAUAGGAAGUACAUUUUAUUAAUUGGAGUUUGUUCACUAUUAACUUCUACAUAAUUAUGUUGAAUAGAUAAUUGUAUUUUUAUUAGCUUACAAUCUUGAAAUAUAUUUUCUUAUUUUCCUUAAAACCAUGUGAUAUUUACAAAUUUAUGUUCUGUGGAUGUAUGGUAGCUAAAGAUGGAAGGGAAAUAAAUCAUCUCAUUUCUUGAGUGUAUAUGAGGUCAGUAUGAACAUAA